AUGACGGGUCUUUUGAAGUUAGCGAAACAAUUUCUUAGAUCACUCAAAUCAAAAACCUGGUGGAAGACAGCACUCUCUCUUAGCUACCUUAAUAUCGCCGCAUCACAGCAUAAAAAACAAUGGGAGGAUAAAUCUAAGAAAGCUCAUGAAUAUCUCGCUAAAGAAAUUACAGAACCUGAUGUUGAAAAAAAAUUAAUAGAUAACACUGAUAAAUAUGUCGUUGAUAACAUUACCAAAAUGAUUGAAAAAUAUCAUAAUAAAGGCGCUGCAAUAGCUGUUGUAAUUGUAUCUAAACAAAAAGACGAUGACAGCAUUGAGCUUGAUGAUACAAUAUGCGAGGAAUUUCAUGCUCCCAUAGCAGAAAUUAUUGAUACAAUUAAAAAGAAAGUUACUAAUCCAAAACUCAAAUUACCUGAGUUUUCAUCAAGUCUUGCAACAGCAGUUAACCUUUCAUAUUUGAACAAUGCAGCGCCCAAAUAUGAAAGUGAUUGGUUUGUAGUUGAUAUAAUUUCAGAUAAAAUAAUUGACGAGCAGAAACGAGAUAAAAUUGAUCGCAAGAAAGUUGAAAUAUCGAAAGUAGAAGAAUCUAAAGAUAAAGUCUCUCCAGAAGAAAGAUGCAGCAAUAAAGACAAUAAUCUUCAAUUUCCUUCGGAUUAUGCUUUUAUCAGUGUUAUUAGACUAGAAUUAAUAAGGGCUAAAAACGAAAAUCUUAUAUUCGAAUUUUUUAAUGAGGAAAGCAAAGAAAUUGUUACGCAGACUAAAAUGAUUGAUAAUGAUUUGGAUCUGGUUUGGAAUGAAGUUCAUUAUCUUCUGACUAAAAAUAUUGGCAACAAAUUCAUUUUCGAUGUGAUGGACUACUGUUCUAGUACGGAAGAUAAAUCGCUCGGAAAUUAUUAUGAGGUUAAUCGAGAUUUUGUCACAGAAAUUUCUGAAGCACCAAAUGGAAGUUUUCCACCUUCAAAUACGUUAGCCAAUUUAUUUGGUAUUACCAUAUGGUUCUUGAAAUCUAUGUUAAAAGAAUACCGACGUGAAUGGGCUAAUAUUUAUGAACGUGCAGAACAAUACAUUAAUAAUGAAAUUCAUUGUAAUCAAAAACAAUACAUUAAUAAUGAAAUUCAUUGUAAUCAAAAACUUGAAAAAAUUGUGUUGGAUACUGAUGAGAAGGCAGUUCAUGGGAGAUUCAAUAUUAGAUAG